AUGGAGACCCAGAUUAAGACAUCCAGGCUACGACAGAGCUGCCGCUUUUGCCGAGGCCGAAAGAUUAGAUGUUCUGGAGGACGUAUCUGCAAAGCUUGCCGAGACCGUAAUAUUAAUUGCAUUUACGGCCCUGAAGCCCGCAAGGGCCGACCAAAGCGCAAAGGAACGGAGGACAAGUGCACCCUUAACCCGGGUGUCAGCAAGCGCGACAGGAAGCAGUCCAUUUCGUUGGUUAAUACUGCAGUGUCCGGCGUUCUGAGCGAGGAUUCGGUGGUGCACGCAUCAGUGGCCCUCGAGAAGGUUCACACUUUGGGCAAUGACCUAGAGCAGAUGUUUGAUGAUUACUUUAUCAGCAAGACUGGAUCGGAAUCCAAUCUUCUUCAGUUGUCUAUGAGUUCUUUCCAGAGACGUCAACAGCAGUCGUAUACAUACAGUCAUCCUACACACCAUCAAGUAAAUUAUGAAGGGCUCUUAUCCUCCAUUGCCCAAGAGAUGGUGGAAAUGCUACUUCUGCGCGUUGGCUCUUUGAGAUGUGGACAGCCGGAGAACAACCGAAACUUCUUUAUUGCUACUCUAGUGGCUGACACUACACCGUCCAUGUUCGACCCUCCACAGUAUCAUAACCCUCUAACAGCUCUAGGAAAGCACCGCAUCUUGCAGUUGAUUGACAUGUGGUUUUCAGUGCAUCCUCUGUCGCCACUGGUAUCAAAAAGCUUGCUUACUAGUGAAGUUAAGGAUGGAACAGUGGACGAGGCUCUAUUGGCAAUCAUUUUGGCUGAUGCGUGUCAUGUUUUAAGUGGUGACAGCGAGCAACAUGGAGCUAUACGCGAUGAAUCCCAGAAGUUGUCUGAGUUUGCCUCCAUCCAAAUCAAACAGCGCCAGCUACCACUUGGCGACACAGAGGCUCUCUCCACUGUACAAGCCUUGUUUCUCAUAGGAUGGAGAGAAUUGUGCUUGGGUCAUGCCCGGCGAGCAACCUGCAUUGUGGGCUAUACGUGCUAUAUGGCCUCACGUUUAGAAAAAACAUGGAAGAAUGCCGACAUGAAGAGCGUAAAAUUGAAUGGUGUUGAAAUUGACCUGGUCAAAAAAGAGGUCUUGCAAAAUGUUCACUGGUUAUGCUUAACCACCACCACCUGGGCGUUUAUGCAAUUUGAUCAGGCCCUUGCGCUCUUCGGCCCCGACGAGAUCCCUGAUUUUCCCUGCCGGGAUGAGACCACCUCCGCCCUGAUACGCUUAGACCAGGCGUCCGAUAACAUAUCUACACUGCCGGCACAGAUACAAGCCUUACGAUAUCUAUGGCCUCUCAGCCAUAUCUCCAGUACGGUGUCUCACAUCUAUAUUCUGUAUCUCAAUAUGCCUGCCAAGGGAGUACCAAAGGCCUCAUGGCAGGAGCAGCAUAUUCACCAGUUAUACGAUCUCCUUCAGUCUUGUGCUGACUUCCCCACGUUGUCGGCUAAGAUUAGAGACAUCCUCCUCCAGGCGGUACAAGCUGUGGAGAGUCAAACCACGACAUUGCCUUCACAACUUUACUUGUUAAUUGCCUACCAUGUUAUAAUCACACACAUGCUAUUCUCUCAGAAUAAAACGGACCAAAAGUCGUUGAGAAUUUCGUCUACGAUCAUAAAUGCCUUCUGCCAGUCUGCGUCGGCACUUCUGGUCCUUUCGUAUCGCUCCUUAGAUCCGUCAAAGGGUAUAAUGCUGGUACAGAGGGAAGGAGGCAUGGCGUUCAUCAAUAUGCUUGUCCUGGGGCUCGAUACGUGUAGUAGAGCCCUAGUUCAUAUUUAUGACCACCUCAGCCGCGGUUUGAUUGACAGUCAAAAAGAAAACACAGCGAUCAAACAACAGCUAGCGAAUUAUGCUGAUAAAUUUCAUCAAAUUUGUAAAAGCGAUGCGGUGUCACGAUGUGGAACUGUGAUGCGGCCCGUUAAGAAACGGCUCAAAUGGGCGAAAUUGGCAUUUCAACACCUUCAGAUGCCACCUGAGCCCCAUAUUGAGGGCUUGUUGUUAGAUCUCGCCUUUGCCACUGACCGGCCUGGGGACAUGCCAUCGUCAGAUGUAGUUUCUGAUGCGCUCUUGGUGAACCAGCAGCCGAGCUCAGGCACAGCUGAUCCAUUCUUUGUUGUGGAUGACCCCAUAAUCAACACACUUCUAAGCCUUCCGGGGAUUACUGAUGCCCAUGAGCAAUUAUAUCAAGACUAUACGUGCCUCCAGCCGAGCAAGCCGAGCAUAGGGUCGGAGCAAGAUCUUCUCUACAUCCCAAACCCAACAUCCUUGCUUCCAGGUGAUGGGGAAAGUCUAGAGUUGGUGUAUCGUGGCGCCAGGGGUUCGCCCUUGAGUCUCGCUAAUACCGAUGACCGCCCGGAUGAGCUAAACUCCACGCUAUCUGACAUGACAGAAUUUAUGUAUAGUGAUACUGUCAAUUUUACGCCGCCAGAGCAGACCUUGGAUAACGAUUUAUUGUCACAGUUGCUCAGCAACCCCGAUGAUAACAUGGGACCCUUGUGUGGCAAAUGA